AUGACCAUACCAAACCUUCAAACACAAUAUCUAGCAGUAGAUUUCAUAAAAAAUCGGUUAGAUGAGUUUCAUCCGGGUUUUGCGAUACCGGUAUCACGAUACGAUUCCCAACUUGGUGUAUUCAUGGUCACCACCACGCAGCUCGAACAGUAUCCAUCACCGAACCUCGAGGCGUUGCAGGGCCCGAAUAACCCUAAACUAGAGGACCCAGUCGACGUAGCCGAAGAACUCCAGUCAAGACCUCUAGCAAAGCCUGCUGAAGCAAAGAAAUUCCGGGAUGCCAUUUUUCCCCUGGCGAUGGCGAAGCUCGGGAAUGAAUCCCCAGAAGAACCAAAAAAUCGUAUCAGGACUGGGUAUAGCAUUCGCGGCAAGAAUGGUUGGAAAGAUGUAUACGGCCAGCUUGAACGUGCUAGGGCAGUAUAUACAUCAAACAAAGGAAUCAAGGGCUUCACCAGGAAGAUAUAUCGGGGGUUUGCUGAAAGGGUAACCCAGCCCACCUUAGGGGUGAUCAAAUUGAUCCCCGAUAAUGAUUAUAUUACCCCUGUCCUUGGAGCUAUUCAAGUCUUACUAGAGAACGCAUCGGUAGAUUUAGUGGUAGCCGUAUUAGCUGCCGUGGAAUCUGUUAUUGGCUUCUUUAUCCAACAUUUGAGGACCCUAGCUGCCACCUUCAAUGGGAAGGAAUAUCAAAGUCACGUAAGGGAUCAUCUUGAGCGUGUGAAGUCCGCUAGCGCAAAUCUCAUCCGCCAAGCCUCGAACUCCAAAACAUAUAACGAUCGCCAGCUGAUGCAGGAGAUACUAGCACGAACGCUAAAGUGGAAAGAAUCCUUUGAUACGAUUAAGGCUUCUCAGCAGCAUAUGCUCCAAGGCCAAACUCAUAUAAGAUAUGGCCAAAAUCAGCUACAAUAUAACCAAGUUCUACUCAAGAAGGAGUUUCACCAAACACGAAACUUGUUCUGUGAUUUUCUCGAAAAUGGCCUACCUGAAUUAUUGAGUAAUAUUUCUUACGAAGCCGAGCGACGCGCGUAUGAACGACUGGAUAAUAUCAUCGCAUUACGACCUGUAUCACCAUCACCUUUCCUUCCCUUAAUGAAUAAUAUUCCUGUCACGCGUCAAUACGUCCUCGACCUCUUGGAUAUUCCAGACCUGUCCCCUAAUGAUCUUGAGUAUAUUAAUGGUAAAAGACAACUUUGGGUGUCUUCUGAAGAACUCGCCCGCGCCGAGAGUCUUGUUCAGCGGAGACAGGUCAAAGAAUGGCUUGUAGCACCAGAGUCGUCUCAGCUUCUCAUUCAUGGAGGAUGUGGAGACGUUCUGUACGUCUCUGGACUCUUGCUGUUUUGCACAUCUGUUGUCGAGUCGCUCAUUGGAAGAGCCUCUAACUUCAGCUGCCUAUAUUUCUUUUGCGGCCUUCACUUGGAUGACCUGAACAAUAAACACACAGGGGGGACUCGCAAUGCUCAAAACUUUCAUAUGUCAACUUCUCUGUCAGUAUGAUAUCGAUACGAAAUUGCUGGCGAGUUUCAUGAAUGAAGAUCGCAUCAAACAUGACGACAUCCUUGAACUGAGUAAGUUGUUAAGGUGGCUAGUCACCCAAUUGCCUUUUAAAGACAGAGGCCUUAUCCUUCAUUUACAGUCCGGACUUUCUUCUCAGUCUACGCCUAGCAGCUACAGACUCGAUAGGCAACUUAGGGAAGAAGCAAAUAAUGUUAUGAACGAGGAAAAUAAGGCUUUCUUUUAACUCUAUCAUGAAGUGCCUUGGACAAUUGAGCUAAAUACAAUUAUAAUUUAAUGCGCAG